GCAGCAGGGAACCCGGAAGCGAGCAGUUUAUGUGGUUUGGUGACAUGUGAAGUUAAAAAAAAAAAAAGGGCAAAUAAUGUUAUAGGAGCUCAGGUUUCUGAUUCGGUAGAUACAAAUCAAUUUCAAGGUACCAGUGAAAUGUAAUAAUCCACACCGGAAGUUCAAACGAGUCCGUUUCCGCGAAGGAAAUGUCCACAAAUUUAACAUGUUUUGGAAAACAUGAAGCUGUUUAAAAGGAAACGCAUUGGUGUGCAUUAUACAGUGGGGAAUGAUAUGGCUGCUGACGACAAGUCUACGUCUUCCUCGUCCACGCUGGACUGGAUCUCUGAGCCACCCCUGUCUCCCCCCAGCCCCUCCCACCUGACUCACUUCAAACCCCUCACUCCAGAUCAUGAUGAACCUCCACUGCGCUCGGCCUACAGUUCUUUAGUCAGCCUCUUCCGCUUCAACAGAGAAAAGUCAGGUGCAAACAUUGCACCAGCAAAAAAGCUUGAGGAUGUUCGGCCUCCUUCAGCAGCUGAUAAACCAGAGUCUGCUGCACCAUCACCACAGGGCGAGCGCCGGAGCUGGGCCUCUUCCUCACUGUCCACACACAGCUCUGGGACCCACAGGAAACACUCUGAAUUGGUCAGGAGAACCUCUACAGCCUCAGAUGGACGGCGAAAGUCAGAGGCUCCUCUUGGGACUCAUGACCCUCGAACUGCAGUUCAACUUCGCACUGCCCUAAAGAGGCUAAAAGAGAUCAUGGAGGGAAAGAGUCAGGACAGCGAUCUGAAGCAGUAUUGGAUGCCAGACAGCCAAUGUAAAGAGUGCUACGACUGCAACGAGAAGUUCACUACAUUCCGCCGACGCCACCACUGCCGUCUGUGUGGCCAGAUAUUCUGCAGCCGCUGCUGCAACCAGGAGAUUCCUGGAAAAUUCAUGGGUUACACGGGUGAUUUGCGAGCAUGCACAUACUGUCGUAAGAUUGCGCUGAGCUACGCGCACUCCGCUGACUCAGCGUGUAUUGGGGAGGAUCUGACUGCGCUGUCGGACUCUCCGUGCUCUGUGUGUGUGCUGGAGCCCACAGAGCCUCGCACACCCGUCGGCGGACGCAAAGCUAGCCGCAAUAUUUUUCUUGAGGAGGACCUCGCCUGGCAAAGAAAAACUCCCAUUGGGAUGAGGAAGAAUUUGAUUCAUCCAGAGUCUCAGAAUAGUGGGCUUAACUCUAGAUUGUCAGCAGUUCAAGAAGAUCUGGGCAAAUCACCAGCACGAAAGAGAUCAGCCAGUGUGACCAACUUGUCGCUGGAUCGUUCAGGCUCGAUGGUUCCAUCAUACGACAGUUCUGUAAGCCCUCAGAGCACACGAGCAGUGUCCAAACCUGACCACAGCGAAGAGGAGCGCAAGAUCCUCUUGGAUUCGUCUCAGUUAAAAGACUUAUGGAAGAAAAUCUGUCACAGCAAUACCGGGAUGGAGUUCCAGGACCACCGAUAUUGGCUGCGUACUUACCCCAAUUGCAUUGUGGGUAAAGAUCUAGUAAACUGGCUCUUGCGAAAUGGCACCAUUUCUACUAGAGCUCAGGCUAUAGCUAUUGGUCAGGCUCUGGUUGACGGGCGCUGGCUUGAGUGUGUUACUCAUCACGAUCAGAUUUUCCGUGAUGAGUACGCACUGUAUCGCCCACUUCAGAGCACAGAGUUUUCAGAGACUCCAUCCCCAGAUACGGACAGUGUGACCUCUCUAGAAGGACACUCGGAGCCAUCGUGGUUUAAAGACAUCAAGUUUGACGACAGUGACACAGAGCAGCUAGCUGACGAAAAUGACUUAAUAGCAACAAGCUCAGCAAGCCCCAGCAAAAGAACAUCGGUCAGCAGUUUUCAUUCAGCAGUGGACAGUGAUUCGGCCGCUUCCAUUAACCUGAACGUGGAGCAGGACAACGUCAACUUCCGCAUUAAGAAGCAGGCCAAGUACCCUCACGUGCCUCCUGACCCAGCCGAACAGAAAAGUAUGGCACGCUCUGACCCAUUCGCCCCUGACUCUGACUUCCACACACCAACUGAGGUCCUGGUAACAGAAGACGGUGGUCAGCACUUAUCCAUCAGUGAUGCCUUUAUUAAAGAGUCUCUGUUUAAUCGUCGUGUAGAAGAGAAGGCUAAAGAAAUGCUAUUCACCCCACUGGGUUGGCACCACAGCUCCCUAGACCAACUGAGGGAGGAGAAUGGCGAGAAGAAAGCUAUGGAGAGACUUCUGUCAGCCAACCAUAACCACAUGAUGGCCCUGCUGCAGCAGCUGCUCUACAGCGAGUCGCUUUCUCUCUCCUGGCGAGACAUCAUCGUUCCCGUGGUACGACAGAUAGUGCAAACGGUGCGUCCAGAUGUUCGGAGCUGCGACGAUGACAUGGACAUUCGCCAGCUGGUCCACAUUAAAAAGAUCCCAGGAGGAAAGAAGUUCGACUCCGUCCUGGUGAACGGCUUUGUUUGCACAAAAAACAUUGCUCACAAAAAGAUGAACCCUUACAUCAAGAACCCUAAGAUCCUUCUGCUUAAGUGUUCCAUUGAGUAUCUUUACAGAGAAGAGACAAAGUUCACCUGCAUUGAUCCAAUUGUGCUUCAGGAACGAGAGUUUCUGAAGAACUAUGUGCAACGGAUAGUGGAUGUGCGUCCUAACCUGGUGCUGGUAGAGAAGACAGUGUCACGCAUCGCUCAGGAUAUGCUGCUUGAGCACGGCAUCACCUUAGUCAUCAACGUCAAACCUCAAGUACUAGAUCGAGUGAGUCGAAUGACUCAGGGAGAUUUGGUCAUGUCCAUGGAUCAGCUUUUGACCAAACCUCGCUUGGGAACUUGCCACAAAUUCUAUCUUCACUCCUUCCAAUUAAACACUAAUAAUGAACUGAAGACACUAAUGUUCUUUGAUGGAUGUCCUCCUCACCUUGGCUGCACUAUCAAGCUCCGUGGUGCCUCAGAGUAUGAGCUCGCCCGAGUUAAGGAGAUCAUUAUGGUGAUGGUGUGUGUAGCUUAUCACUCACAGUUAGAAAUUUCCUUCCUAAUGGAUGAGUUUGCAAUGCCUCCAAGCCUGUCUAAGAGCUCGUCAUUCCACUGCCUCCUGGAAAGUGCAGCUGAAGAAGUGGAGAAGGAGGUGGACAGGGAGAGCCAGGGAAACCAAGCUGAAACAAAGGAGGAUCAUGCAGAACUCAACUCGGAAGGCGACUUUGACUUCGAGCCAGGGCUUCAGCAGAUAAUAAAAGGCCACAGUAGGCAGCAUUCUGCAUCUGAAUCCUCACUGAAGGACGGAGAAAGUCCUAAAAUAAGCAGAAAUGACUCGCCCAUAUCUACAAUUGUAAUAGAAGGGGAUGAGAUUAAGACUUCCACUCCCUUGUCCAGUCAGUCACACCAGCCCUUGUAUAUGUCUCCUCCUUAUCUUUCAUCUAUGGAGGAAAUCGGAGAGGAGGAGGUGAAACAAUCAGUCGAGGCACUGAGACAUAAAGAGGAUGAGGACACCCUCGUACGAGGGGACAGCACCAGUUCAGAGACGCCACUUGCUCCAACACAGCUAUUUAGAGACCCGCUGCAGGAUGACAGUGGCCUGUUUGUGGCUGAGCAGGUGACUUCAGCAGACGACCGGCUUAAGUCCAUUUCAGCCAGCUUUAGGCAGGAGUUAAAGGAUGUUAUCCUGUGCAUCUCGCCUUUCAUGACUUUUCGUGAACCCUUCCUGUUAACCAAAACUGGCCUGCGCUGCCCGAGCCGUGACUAUUUCCCUGAGCAGGUCUACUUCUCGCUGCUGCUGAACAAGGACCUAAAGGAUACUGACAGCCGGCGCAAGAGGCUCCUACUUAAGGACUCGAACGCAUCUAGCAAUUCUUUGAGCAAUGGGUUCGGUCCACAAUUUCGCCCAGUCCAAAUGUUGCCCUCCCAUAAGCUCACUACUACCCGCAUGACCCAGCAGUUGAGCAGCAGUCAGGAUCUGGCCCGCAUGCUGGCGGACUAUCGUGCUCAAGGAGGACGAAUCCAGCGAGACUCAGACCCAUUUGCUCAUCCCUCGCAUGCUCCAAAUGCCAAGGCACCAGUCAAGGCAGACAGUGAGGAGGAGAAAGGGCCAGGGCAGAGUGAAAUGGCUUGGGCUACCAAGCUCGACUGCCUGAAUCCAAUAAACCACCAACGGCUGUGCGUGUUGUUCAGCAGCUCCUCGACACAGUCCAACAAUGCCCCUAAUCACUGCGUGAGCCCUUGGAUCGUGACCAUGGAAUUUUAUGGGAAGAAUGACUUGACUCUUGGAGUAUUUCUGGAAAGAUACUGUUUCAGGCAGUCCUACCAAUGCCCAAGCAUGUAUUGUGAAACUCCCAUGGUACACCACAUUCGCCGCUUUGUGCAUGGCAAUGGUUGUGUCCAGAUUGUUCUUAAAGAGCUCGAUUCACCUGUACCCGGAUACCAACACACUAUCCUUAACUACUCCUGGUGCAGGAUCUGCAAACAGGUUACUCCAGUUGUCCCAAUGUCUGAUGAUUCUUGGUCCAUGUCCUUUGCGAAAUAUCUGGAGCUGCGUUUCUAUGGCCACCAGUACACUCGCCGUGCCAACGCCGAGCCAUGCGGACACUCCAUCCACAAAGACUAUCACCAGUACUUCUCCUACAACCAGAUGGUGGCCUCUUUCAGCUACAUCCCAGUAAGACUAUUGGAGAUCUGCCUGCCUGCUCCUAAGAUCAUUAUCAGGAACCAGGGCCCCAGUAAGAACAUUCUGCAACAGGACCUCAAAGAUUUUGCACUAAAGGUGACCCAAGUGUAUGCUGCAAUAGAUGACCGUCUCACGUCUCUUAAAACAGACACGUUCAGCAAAACUCGUGAGGAGAAAAUGGAGGACUUGUUCGCACAGAAGGAUAUGGAGGAAGGUGAGCUGCGCAGCUGGAUGGAGAAGCUCCAAGGGCGUUUGCAGGCUUCGGCUUUAGACACGCCACAACAGCUGCAGGCCAUUCUCGAGUCUGUGGUGAUGAAGAAGCAGAGCUUGUGUGAAACACUGCAAUGUUGGAACAGCAAACUGCAGGACCUGUUCCAAUUGGAGAAGGGCAGGAAGCGUUUGUCUGUUCCCCCCAGCCCCGGCAGACACAGACAGGCCACCAACGACGAGAGCAAGACAAGUGUCUUGGAGUCGUCUCCCCGCAACCCCUCUCCUGUUGUACAGAAUGGUGAGAAAGCGUUAGAGGAUCGUCACCUCAGCACCCUGCCCUUAAACACAGGAUCCUUAUCCUUUCCUCUGCCAUCGCCAGCAGAGCAGAGCUUAGAUAUCCCCACAUCUGGGCCAUCCUUCCAUGAUCAGGACUCUGAAGGAGAGGUGUUUGAUAGCCACCUGCAAGGCUCCAAUGACAGUCAGGUGAAGGAGAAGACCACCAUGAAAACCAUUCUGGCUAACCUGUUGCCAGGAAACAGUUAUAGUCCUAUCCCUUUACCUUUUGAUCACAGGAACUUGAUGCUUCACACCUUUAAAUACAAUGACCCAGAUAAACACUACCUCAUGUACGAUCAUGAGCGUGUCCCCAUCGCUGUGUGUGAGAGAGAACCGAGCUCCAUCAUUGCCUUCGCUCUGAGCUGUAAAGAAUACAAAACUGCUCUUGAAGAUCUUUCAAAGUCUUCACUGAAAUCUACUGGAGAGGAGAUUUCUCAGGCCAACAGUUCUGGGGAAAACAAGAUAAAAAACAGCCCUGCCAAGCUCACUGAAGGCAGCAGCUCUCAGCUUGGCCGCAGCAGCGCAGACACGGACCCACUCAAGGAGCUCGAGGGUGGUGACAAACAAAAGAAGCAGACGGCGAAUCCACACAUUGAACUGCAGUUCUCAGACGCCAGCGCAAAGUUCUACUGUCGCAUCUACUAUGCCGAGGAGUUCCAUAAGAUGAGAGAGGAGGUGAUGGAGAGCACUGAUGAAGAUUUUGUCCGCUCGCUCUCUCACUGCGUCAACUGGCAGGCUCAAGGAGGCAAAUCGGGAGCGGUCUUCUAUGCCACUGAAGACGACCGGUUUAUUUUGAAGCAGAUGCCCAGGCUGGAAGUACAGUCCUUCCUCGAUUUUGCCCCACACUACUUCACUUACAUCACUGGUGCGGUUCAGCAGAAGCGGCCUACAGCACUUGCAAAGAUUCUGGGAGUUUACCGUAUCGGCUACAAGAACUCCCAGAACAACACGGAGAAGAAGCUAGACCUGCUCGUAAUGGAGAAUCUCUUUUAUGGACGCAAAAUGGCGCAGGUGUUUGACCUAAAAGGCUCUCUGAGGAACCGAAACGUGAAGACGGACCAAGGUAAGGAGAGCUGCGAGGUGGUGCUGCUGGACGAGAACCUGCUUAAGCUGGUACACGAUAAUCCCCUCUACAUCCGAUCGCACUGCAAGGCUAUUCUGCGUGCAGCCAUCCACAGCGAUGCCUACUUCCUGUCCAGCCACCUCAUCAUCGACUACUCGCUGCUGGUGGGCCGUGACGACACCUCUGACCAGCUCGUCGUAGGGAUCAUAGAUUACAUCCGGACAUUCACAUGGGAUAAAAAGCUCGAGAUGGUGGUCAAGUCUACGGGAAUUCUUGGCGGCCAAGGAAAAAUGCCCACAGUUGUUUCCCCGGAACUGUAUCGGGCCCGCUUCUGUGAAGCCAUGGACAAGUACUUCCUUAUGGUUCCUGACCACUGGACCGGCCUGGGCGUGAAUUGCUGAAAACUGCACUAGAUGCUACAGUAGACAAUCCACACUGACUGGAAUCCUUUUCUAGUUCUACCUGGGUGAACGGCAGGAGGCACAUGGAGAACUUUAGAAAGUAGGUUAGAAUGGAGACUUCCAUCUGAAUACAUGUGCACAGGAUGACUGAAUACUUAUUUCAGUUUGCUGGAAAUAAAGAAAAGGUCACCGAGUUUCAAAAGCGGCCCGCAAGGACUGUCGCACUGAAACCAAUUACCAAGCUCCUAUCCUGUAAUGCUGUUAAUGUCUUUGUAUAUUAAUAUCUAUUAAAACCUAUGGAUAAUGUAAAACUUUCAUAAAUGUACAGAGAUAAUGUAAUUAAAGAAUAUAAACACAA